AUGAGCGCAGACGCCCUGGACGACUUUGAAAUCGCCAACGACUUUGACGUCGAUGACGCCGAGCCCUCCGACGCUGACGUCGAGUUCGAGCAAGUCGACACCAGCCAGAUCGACCAAAGUGGUGUCGACGACGAGCUGCCACGGAAGACCCCCGCUACCGCUGCAGCCGCAACAUCGGCCGCAGCAGUCGCUCUGCCUGCUGGCUCGCGGCCCAUCAAAGAGCCCAAGAAAAGGUCGAGCAAGUCCGCGGCGACUGCAACCGCAGAGACCCCGCGGCACAGCGCCGACGCUCUCGAUGACUUUGAGGUUGCAAGCGACGGCGAGUCCAGUUCGCUGAAGCGGGAGGCCAAAAAGAAGAAGCUCGACAAGCUGAAGGAGAAGAAGAAAUCCAAGCGACCGGCACCCGAAGAGAAACAGGCCCAGUUCCUUUCCGACAACGGCGUGUGCAGCACAGACAGCAUGUAUGUGAAUGUGACCUCGGUUGAGUUUGAGAAGCCGCGCGACGACUCGAAUCUGUGUGAUUUCCUGAAGCUAUUGUUUAAUGACUCUUGGCACGUCACCUUCAACGAGAAGUUCAGAGGGUCCAAGGGUUCACCGCGAGUUCUGUUCCUGUGUCCCAGUGCCGACCGAUGUGUCGUUGUGCUGAAGCAUCUCAAAGGUGGGUUCCCAAGCUGCAAGCUCGGCAAGUUCUUCUCGCGCCACAUGAAACUGGCAGAGCAGAUCAAGUUUUCCAAGGACGAGCGCUUCCCCGUCGCCGUGGGCACUCCAAACCGGUUCCUGAAGCUCCUGGGACCCGAGGGCGAAGACUCGUUCAAGCUUGAGAAGACCGAUUAUGUCGUUCUCGAUUCCUCCUACGUCGACAAGAAACAGCGGAACAUCUUCGAUAUCCCCGAGCUGACCUCCGACCUGAAGAGCGUCCUGGCACUGAUGUCGCAGGAGCAGCACCCCAAGCUCAAGAUUGUCUGCUAUUGA